AUGGACAUUACACUAGGCAUAAGGGUUCAAGACUCAGUGAUAUUAGCGACCUCCAAAGCGGUCACUCGAGGGAUCUCUGUCCUGAAAGCCGAUGACGACAAAACUAGACAACUUUCGGAGCACACGUUGAUGGCUUUCUCUGGAGAGGCUGGUGACACAAUUCAGUUCGCAGAGUACAUCCAGGCAAACAUUCAACUAUAUACCAUUAGGGAAAACUACGAGCUGUCGCCUCAGGCAGUCUCUAGCUUUGUGAGACAAGAGCUGGCAAAAUCUCUUCGUUCCAGAAAACCGUUCCAGGUGAAUGUUUUGCUUGCGGGCUACGACACCCACAGUAAUAAAACCGAGCUAUACCAAAUCGACUAUCUGGGCACGAAAGUCGAGCUUCCCUAUGCCGCCCAUGGCUACUCCGGGUUUUACACCUUCUCUCUUUUGGACCGUCACUACCGGCCCGACAUGACACAAGCAGAGGGUCUCAAACUGUUGAAACUGUGUAUCGAAGAGCUGGAACGCAGAAUGCCUGUAGAUUUCAAGGGCGUUCUUGUUAAAGUCGUUGACAAGGACGGGUGUCGCGAACUCACGGACUGGUGA